UAAUUUGAUUUUUGAGGCAAACGUGUUUUGUGACUUCGUGGCUCAACCAUUAACAGAUGUUAAUUUUGACGCAAUUUUGGUUUGCUGGUUAGCCUCAGCAGCACACAGUGAGUGAGAGCUUAGUUUGGUAAUGGAGAUGGCCACUUGUUCGUCUUCGUCUUCCUCCUCUCUAUUGGGCACCAAAUUCAGAUGCAUAUUCUCUCCAAACAACACCACCCAUUACAAAAAGAAGAAGACGACGACGAGGACGACCAUUCAGUACUCUAGCCCUCCACUUAAUGGCAGCACUAAAGCCAUGGCUGCUUCUGGAAGCCCCUCUUCUGGUGUUUGGAAUGGGCAUGCCGGGUUAAAUACCUUCACAUCUAAUACUACUAGUGCGAGUAAAACCACCAACACUAGGAUUUACACUCGGAUGGAUACUUGUUUGGUUAUACCUCCGCCCCUUGGGAAGAAACCCCGCGCCAUCAUCCAAUUCCUCGGUGGUGCCUUUAUCGGAGCUGUUCCUGAAGUCACUUACAGCUACUUGAUUGAGUUACUGGCGAAGGAAGGGUUUCUUAUCAUAUCAGUGCCGUACAAUGUGACCUUUGAUCAUGCCCAUGCUACUAAGCAAGUCUAUGAGAGAUUCAAUGCCUGCUUGGAUUCCAUCUUAACCUCUGGACUUCCCCGUUCUAAUCUAACGCCUGCCCAACUUUCUAAUCUUCCUCUGUUUUCUGUUGGUCAUAGUAAUGGUGCACUUCUCCAAGUACUCAUAGGGAGCUAUUUCUGUGACAAGAUACCAAAGGCCAAUGCCACAAUUGCUUACAACAACAGGUCAGCAACGGAGGCCGUGCCUUACUUUGAGCAGUUCGGCCCUCUAGUUAGACAAAUGAUGGCCAUUAUAGAAGCAUCCCCAGUUUAUUCAAUGGCUAGGAGUGCCUCAGAUGAAACGUGGAAAGUACUAGUUGAUGCAGCUGGAGCAAUUAUACCAAACAAUGAUCAGGAGACUCUAACUUCACUUAACAAAUUUGUUGAGCAGUUGCCCUCAGUGUUUGGUCAGGUCACCCAAGGGAUUUCAGAGUUCAAGCCAACACCCUCUGAAAAUCGUGAUUGUUUUAAGAGCUCGUACAAUAUCAAGCACACACUACUGGUGAAGUUCAACUUUGACACAAUUGAUGAGACAGAUCUUCUAGAAGAAACACUGAAAACUCGUGUGAAAUCAAUUGGUGGGACACUAGAAAAGGUCCAAUUAAGUGGUAAUCAUAUCACACCGUGCAUACAGGAACCGAAAUGGCAAGUAGGCAAUGUGUACACUCCAGCAGAUGCUAUGGCUCAGGGUCUUAAAGCUCUUUCCUUGAAUGAAACAAGAGUCCUAAUCAGAACCAUUAGCGACUGGUUCAGACGCUUUGAAGAUUGAAAUGCAGAGUUUCAAUGGAAGUAAAGGUUUAUAAGAAUGGACUGUCAGAAAUAAAACUGCAUGUAUACGACUGCUUAUAGGAUACAUUAUACAUGGAAUAGUGCCAUGGUGAGUGGGGGAGCGAUAGAUUAUAUAGGUGAUUUUUUACAACAGUAACCAAUUUGCAUGUCUAAAAAAAAUAUUUUUUACAACAGUAACGAAUUUGUAGGUCUAAAAAAAAUGUACUAUAAGAAAAUGGUUAAAGGUUGAUUGCCAAAUAAAUUGACUAGAAAAAUGAAGCUCUAUUUUGAUUUUGCUCAAAAGUCGAGAGGCUUGGUUCUAAAAGUAGAAGGCAGUCUUGCAACGUGUCAAGCACAGAGAACUUGUUGGUAAUUGCCGAAGGUGUUUGGCUGGUUAAUCAGCUUUUAGACUCUGCAUUUUUUCCUUCUUGUUAACUUAAUGAUGGAAAUUUGUUGGAUUUCAA